AAAGGCGGCGCGACGAGGAGGCACUGGUGAAAGCCCAUCACCACUCUAGCCUCUCACCCAAGACGAAACCGAAGGUCAACAACACUGAAGUUCAUAUUCGAGCUGAACAUUACCUGGAAAGUGACGCCAUGUCAUCAAACAAGAAACGAUCGGGAGCCGAGGAAAGCUCCGCUCCAUCCUCAUCCAAACGGACGAAGAGCUCAUCGAGUAGCACCACGUUAUCGUUCCUGCCCCCUAAAGGAGAUCUUAACAGUAUCGUUAGCCAACAGCCGCCGGCCCAAUCACUCCCAUCCAAACCAGCGGUACUAGCUUCGUCCGAAGAAAUAGCGCGCAAACGUGCUGAGAUCGCGGCCAAAUUCGCUUCAUUCAAGAGCAAUAUCUCAGGAUCGGUUAGCUCUAGCAUCCCCCUUGGCGGCCCGGCGAGCGUUCAGCCCAGUCCUGGGCCGCCAAGCUUGCCCAACAUCGAUCCGAAUUUGGCCAAGAAAGUGGCAGAAGCUCGAAAAACAGUUGAACAACUCACCGCCAAGGCCAAAAACCCAUACCUGUCCGGGCCUUCUGAUCCAGUCGAACCCGUCUCAAUGACCACCACAGGUGUUCAUCCCUUGUUGAUCGGAUUGGAUAAGGGCUCAUCCAGCGGAUCUGGUCCCAGCGAUCGAUAUAAGCCUAUGGUUCCCAAAUUUGCUACUGUCAAGGCCAAUGUUGCCAAGCCCACAAGCCAUGCUCCCAAAAAGAAAGACUUGUAUCAGACCUCACAAGCUGAAGCCGAUCCUGUGGCACUCGACAACCGUUCCAAUCCUCAUUUCGACAAAUCUUUGGCAGGUCCUAUAGGAGAUCCUUCUGGGCUCGUAAAAACGAGAGCCACCCGGAGUUUGAGAUUCAACCCAAAAGGAAAAUACAUUCGACUUGCAGAACAGGUUCGAGCGGAGGUCCGCCUAGAAGAAUUGAAACGCCGAAUAGCAGAAAGCUCCCGCAAGGCUGGGCUAGAUGGUGAAAUCGAGGCUGUUGAAAAACAAGUUAGGAGACCUGAGCCUCCCGAUUGUGAAUGGUGGGACGAAGACUACCUUCCCAACAGAUCAUAUAAUGAUCUAGACGAUGAGACUGCAUCGAAGUUUAUCAAUUCCACUGAAUCUCCAAUCACCAUCUAUGUUCAGCACCCGAUUCAGCUCCCAGCUCCGGGUGAUAAGGACGCUGUCGCACUAAAGCCAUUGAAACUCACUAAAAAAGAACAGCGUAAAAUGAGACGCCAGCGACGUAUGGCCGAGCUACAGGAUAAACAAGAUCGACAAAGGAUGGGCCUGUUGCCCCCUGAUCCACCAAAAGUGAAAUUAUCAAAUAUGAUGAAAGUGUUAACUUCGGAUGCCGUGGCAGAUCCUACAAAGAUUGAAGCUCGCGUUCGAAGAGAGAUGUUGCAACGUAAGAAGACCCACGAGCAAGCCAACGAAAAGCGUAAAUUAACGGAUGAAGAGCGGAAGCAAAAACUUGAGGACAAGAGGCAAGCGGAUGAAUCCAAGGGAAUCUUGACCACCGUUUACAAAAUCAAGUAUCUUACCAACCCGGCGCAUCGGUUCAAAGUCCGUAAAAAUGCGGAACAGCACAGCUUAACGGGAGUCUUAAUUUUUAACCCCCGGUUCGCGCUCAUUGUAGCUGAAGGGGGUUCCAAGGCGAUCCGAGCCUACAAGCAUCUGAUGCUUGAACGGAUCGAUUGGACCGCCGAAGCACGCUCCCGAACACCAGAUGAGGAAAGAGCUGAACCACACCCAGCCCCAGUGGAUGGAGAAGAGCAACCAGCCGAACCACAAUCGUUAGCCGACAAUACGUGUGAGCUCAUCUGGGAAGGCGAGGGGAGAGAACGGGUGUUCAACAGUUUCAGACCUAAGAAUUGCCCUUCGGAUGCGAUUGCGAGAGAAUUUUUGGGAUCUAGAUUGGGCUUCUGGGAUUUGGCCAAAAAAUGGGGAGAAGACACUAUUAACUAAGAGCUACCGCAAUCUUUCACGGGUGUUUAGAUCCUUGUACUAUCUGAUCAUAUACUCCUAACAAAUGUAAAAAUUUAGAACCAUCUAUAGAUUCAAAAGAAUACACGUUUUUUUUCAGGCAUUUUGGGAUUGAUGCUAAAAGGCUCAGUCCAACCAAAAGAAUAAGAUUUUGCAAUUCAGCACGAUCUGGC